AUGACCAAUCGUCUGUCACUUUUCAAAGAGUGUUUUAAUUGGUUCACAUCGUCUGUUCUUUCAAAUGUAACAUGGGGUGAAAUAGAUGGUUGUCGAGUUGUAUGUGCAGGUGGAGCUGUACUUGGUUCUCUUACUCAUGAAUCAAAAUCCUUUAUAGACCACCACAAGACCUAUCUGCUUAUUGAAAAGGCAAUCGCAACACUACCAACAAUAUGUAGAAAACAAAUACAAGAAUAUCUCUCAUAUCCAACAACUAUAUUAGAUCCCACCACCGCAGCCAAUUGGUACACAUCUACCCAAUUACAUUACAACUCCACCUCUUCCCCAUACUUCAACUCUGAUAUUGAUCUAUUUCUCAUUACAAAAUCAAAAGAGAGUGCAACUGAACGAAUCAAACAAUUGGUAAAAGAGAUUACCGUAAGUCUUCCAUGUAGUUACCAUAUCAUCAAAACUACGUAUUCAUUGACGAUCCUACCAACAGCCUUUCCAUACCGUCCAAUCCAAAUCGUCACAUCAACACUUCAAAGCUACUAUGAGUACAUUCUCAAAGCCGAUAUAGACUGUACAUGCUUUAUAUAUGAUGGAGAUCAUGUAUACACCCAUUUACGUGCUAUUCGGUCAUUGUACACAUCGACCAAUUACAUAUCACCACAUCUUCUUGGACGAGAGCAAUUGCGAAUGAUCAAGUACGCCAGAAGAAAUUAUUCAUUCCAGACUAUUGAUAUAAAGGACCAGAUUCCUGGGUUCACCCGAUCAGACAAACAAAAGAGCCUCAAAUACGGCACAAUAGGUGCAACCCUCGAAUGUAUGACUAGAAUCGAGCCAAAUACUCGGUUUGAUUUGGAUGGAUUCACUGAAAUGAACUCACCAAAGUUGUUCAACCCAAAUUUCGCCUAUCAUGGAUGGGAACAACUAGAUAGGUUCAUUGACCAACACAUCCAUACUCAACCAAAAUCAGUUGUUAACAUUGGUGUGGAGUGCUAUCAAUGUGGAACAUUGAUCCUUCAUUGGCUAGUCGAUUCCAAUCAGAUAGCUGUUUGUAAAAGCUGCAAACAAAUGUCAGAAAGGAAAUGGAAACAAUGGGAUGCUAUCAAAGUGGACCAAAACAACGCCAAAUAUGCAUUGGUGACUGGUGCAAGAAUGAAGAUUGGAUAUUAUAUUGCAUUGAGAUUGUUAAAGAGUGGAUUCACUGUGAUGGUAACAACAAGAUUCCCUUGGAUUGCAAUCGAUCGUUAUUCAAAGGAAGAUGGUUACUCGGAGUGGAAAGAUAGACUAUUUGUAUAUGGUUGUGAUUUUAGACAUUUACCAUCGGUUCAAUCAAUGAUCGAUCACAUCAAACAACUAUUCCCUCGUUUGGAUAUAUUAAUCAACAAUGCUGCUCAAACUAUUCGUAGACCAUGUGCCUAUUUUAGAGAAUUGAUAGAAAAGGAAGAAUACCUAUCUCUUGCUUAUGGUCUGGUUGAUCAUAUUACUCAAUCUCUUAAAUUUAUAGAGAAUGGUGAUAAUGAUAGUAGUGAAAUUUCAACACCAAAUAGAACAGUACAAACAUAUAAUGAAAUACCAACAACUAUUAUGGAAUGUUCAUUAAUGACACAAAUACAAUUAUUGGACCAUGACAAAGAAGAACGAAAUGAUAAACUAUUCCCACCUGGUUGUACAGAUUUACAUGGUGAACCUUUGGACAACAGAGAACAGACAACAUGGAGAGAAACAAUCAAUGAAACAUCGCCAAUUGAAAUGAUGGAAGUUCAAUUGGUCAAUGUUACGGUUCCAUUCAUGUUGAUCUCUCAACUAUCACCAAUGAUGUCAAACUAUAUCAAGACAGAUUGUGAUGAUAACGAUUGGAAAUUUAUCGUCAAUGUAUCAGCACAAGAAGGCUCAUUCAACAAAGGAUACAAUCAAGGUCAUCACACCCACACCAAUAUGGCCAAAUCAUCACUCAACAUGAUGACCUAUUCAAUCGCUGAGAGCUAUCUCAAGAAAGGUAUCUAUGUUUGUGGUGUCGAUACUGGAUGGUGUACAAAGAUGACAUCACAAGUCAAAGAUGGACCAGAAUCGCCACUCAAUGAGUUUGAUGGUGCUGCAAGAGUAUUGGAUCCAAUUGCAAGUAUAUUGUUGUUGGCUGAUGAUGAAUCAAAAAGAAACAAGAUGCAUGUCGGAGGAAUGUUUUGUCACUUCAAAGCACAAGAUAAUGUAAAUUAUAGUGGUUCUGUAACAAGAAAUGAAUAA